AUGGGCAAACUGGACGGCAGAGUAGCAUUGAUCACCGGCUCAGGCCGGAACAUCGGCCGGGCCACCGCGUUGAUGAUGGCUGCGGAAGGAGCCAACAUUGUAGUCAACGCUCGCAGCAACCGCGAUGAAGCGGAAGCGACCGCGGCGGCCGUGGAGGAACUGGGUGUCAAGGCUUUGCCCGUUCUUGCUGACGUCUCCCAAAAGGACCAGGUCGACGCCAUGAUUGACGCGGCAAUGUCCACCUUCGGACGCAUCGACAUUCUGGUGAAUAACGCCGCGAUCCGACCACACAAGCCGUUCACCGAACUUACCCUGGAGGACUGGGAAUACGUUCGUGGCGUGGUCCUGGAUGGCUCCUUCUACACGACCCACGGCGUGAUCCAGCAGAUGGUGGACAACAACUUCGGGAGGAUUGUAUUCCUCACCGGUGACGGGGCCUUUCGCGGUGGUCCCCAGCGCGCUCAUGUCUCAGCAGCCAAAAUGGGAAUGGUGGGAAUGGCCCGCAGCCUGGCCUCCGAGUUCGCCGGGAACAACAUCCGCGUCAACGUCGUAUCGCCGGGAAGCAUCGACACCAGCCGUGCCAACCCCGAGUGGUAUGCCGGCCGGGUCCCCGACUCCUCGGGAAUUCCCCUGCAAAGACAGGGCAAACCCGAGGAGAUAGCCUCUACGGUGACCUUCCUUUGCACCGACGACGGCGGUUUCAUCACCGGCCAGACCAUACACGUCAAUGGCGGGCAGGGAUAUUUCGGCUGA